AUGCCCACACUGCCGAUGCCCAGUCAAAAGCUCUGCCGUGGUACACAAGCUGAAGAGAUCACAAUCAUUAACUGGUGUGUUCAUACAGGCUGCAGACUAAAUGGAAAUUGUGACUUAAAACUGAUCACUGCAUACACAGGAGGCUCAGUACUGCUGUCCUGCUCCUGCACUGACCUCCACAGAAAACCUGAGACAUUCACAUGGAUGAAACUCACAGCAAAGAAAAACAAUUGGGAAAAGAUAAAUCCUGACAAUGAUCAGUACAAAGAGAGAUUUCAGCUGGUUAAUGAUCACUCUUCAGGAAAUCUCUCUCUGCUGAUAUCACACCUGACUGAAGAGGAUGAAGCACUUUACAUGUGUAGUGUUAGAGAGAGUGAAAAGAUGUACAUCAGACUCACUGUUAAAGGUUGCACACUGAAUCAACAGACAGUGGAUGUGACUGGAAACGUGGGACAGUCUGUCCUUCUGCCCUGCUCCUGCUCUGAACUACAAGCCAAACCACAUACUUUCACGUGGAGCUUUUUAUAUUAUACUAAAAUCUUCCCAGCGGACCAGAAAAAUUGCUACACAGAUAGAGUUCAGCUCUUUAAUGAUCAUCCUCCAGGAAAUCUCUCUCUACUCAUAUCACACCUGACUGUAGAGGAUGGAGGAUGGUACAGGUGUGAGAUCAGUGAAAUGAAAACAUACAUCUACCUCACAGUGAAAGGUGCACCAACAAGACCUUCAUCAUCCACACCAGUGAUCACAACAACUUCACCUCCUUCCAGUCCAGAUGUCACAACAAAAGGUACAAAACUAACCCCAGUGCUCAAUGAUGAAUCAACUGCACACUCUGAAACAUCUUCUGAUAAAGAUCCUCUUCCAUACAUCCCUGUUGCCAUGGUGACUGUGAUCUUUCUGCACGUUAUUGUGGCUGUGGUUUAUUGCACCACCAGAAAGAAAGGUCCUGGUAAAGUUCAUUACAGCAGAGGUGAUGAAAGAGUGAGUCUGCAGUAGAGAAGAGUUCAAUUUGCUGAUUCAUUAAUAAAUUCACCGAGAGAUUUGUUCAGAAAUAGUCUUGCUUAAACAGUUCUGUAAAUACUGUAGCAUCAUUGCUUAUUCACAGUUUGUUCUCUCCAACCCUUUAAUACCUUCAGCUUUCUCUUUGAUGCUUAAUAGUAGUUUAGUCAUAGAAUAGUCAUAUUGUGUAUAAGUUUAUAUCCGAUGCUUACAUGCUUUGACAAAUGUUUCAGAGGACUGAUGCUGGUGAUCCUUCAUUUUUUGUAUAA